UAGCCGUUUCAGUUCAAAAGUGCAAAGCGUAUUGAGAUCCUUUGCGAUCCACCACUUCAAGCUAUGCGGAAUUCAAUAACUUGUUUGCUGCUUGGAAACCUGACACUCAGCUUUGCUGCAAUCUCUGCUCCGACCUCUUGCCAGAUUACCCAGAGCUCCUUCACGGCCUCAAAUCCAACAGAGACCACUGUGUCUGUGACUUCCAAUGAAAAAAGGGUGACAUUCUCUUUGCAGGUGGACUUUCAAGGAACAUGCACAAGCAGCACUGGUGAUACAAGUUGGGUGUCAGCCAGUGGUGCUCGAAGCUACUAUGUGCAGGGAAUUGACAGCACCAACAGCAAGACCGGAGAGACAUUUUACGGCGUGGAAGUCAAAGACGAACAGGACAACAAUGCCUUUAAGUACGGCUCUAGGUGGACUGACCAAGCAUGCGUCUCCGAGGAGUUUAAAGGCACUUGGACAGCAGGCAGUGAAGUUUGCGAUUCAACAAGCGGAACCAUUUCUGGCACAGAUUGCAGAGACUUGUUCAACGCAGUGGAAGCUUCGAUAUGCUGGCAGAUACCUAGUCCUGUCGUUUGCAUUGACAGCAAACUAGUGUCUGGCACCCUCAGUGCAUACGCAAGCUUGCGAUUGGUGGCUGCUGGGGAGACUGUCACCAGCAGCCCGAGCAUCGUCUUGGAUUUGACCAGCGGCGGCUACUAUUCAUGCUCUGGUCAAUCAGCUGAUGUAGUUUCAGCUUCUGCAGUGAAUUUUGCUGCGAGCACAUUCCAUCUGGCAUCCUGGCUAGUAGUGUAUUUCGGAUUGUUCUUUUGAAGUACUGUGGAUACGAACACCGCGUUUCGAAAGAGAUCGCGCAACCUCCGUUGCAUUCUGGUUUAUUUAGAUUUCAACAUUAUUUAAGGUACAGGAAAGACCAUGUUUCCAUGACAAUAGAUGCUGUCAGCAGAAAAGCGCGCAAUCUCAUUGUCGACGCUGCAUGCGCAGCCUGCUUUCUUUUGGCUGGCUAGAUGGCACAAAGUGGCCAAAUUCAAUGGAGCAUGCGCAAAUCUUUCAGAGAUGGACGCAAAA